UAAAUGUUAAUCGUGAACUUAGAAUCUGAACUCUGAAAAUGAAUAAAAGAGAUCUUCAAAACCGUAUCCAUGAAUUGGAACAAGAACUUUUAGAAGAAAAACUUUCCAAGCCAAAAGUUGUUGAAAAACAUACAUUUAUUCCCGAAAGUCGCAAGAUUAAAACAUUUUCUGGUCGACCUAAAACUGAAAAUGAUGUGUCAAUUGAUGACUGGAUUGACGAUCUAGAAGUAGCGUUUGCAGCUCGUGAAAGGACCGAUGCACAGAAAGUCGAUCUUAUAUUUACGCAUUUGGAAGGCCAGGCCAAGGACGAAGUGAAAUACAGAGAAGAUAUUCGUCAUGACCCCUAUGCACUAUUGGAUUGUCUACGGGCAGCAUUCGGAAAUCCGGAAAGUGUUAUUACGUUACAACAACGUUUCUUUGAGCGACACCAGAGAGAAAGUGAAAAAAUUCGUGAAUAUUCUUAUGUGCUUUUGGAUCUAUUUCAGAAAGUGAUUAAGAAAGACAGCAGUGUUUUUCCAGAGAAAGAGCGCACCUUGUGUGAACGAUUCGCUAACGGCUUGUGUGACCCAUUCAUACGCAAGGAAGCGAAACGACUCGUUAGAAGCAAAUACGGACCCGUUGAUUUCUACACACUUCGAGAUGAAAUUAUUCUAUUCAGUGAAGAAGAAACAACGCAACACCAUUCAAACACGCAGUCAAAGCUUCCAGACAGUAAACCGGCCGAGAAGAUCAGCGAUCAGCCAAAUUUAAAUGUCCCAACACCGGAAUCGUCUACAGCGGAUCAGCUAUUGAAAAUCAUCCAAGCACAACAAAAGCAGAUCGACUCACUAACCAGCCUGAUGAAAGAUCGCGAAGGCAGUGAACAUUCUACGGAACGCCGCUAUAGCAACCGUCCGAAGUGCUACAAGUGUGGAAAGCUGGGCCAUAUACAGAGAUUUUGUCGUGUGAAAGUGAAUGAUUCGGAAAACAAGUAACAUCUAUUGACACGAGUCCGACAAUAGAUGACGGUCAACAGGACUCAUCGUUUAUGCAACGCUUUAUAGGGAAGUGUCCUGUGAUGGAUAUUACUGUGUUAAAUGUGAAAAUCCCCUGCUUAGUCGACACAGGUUCCAUGGUUUCAACACUGACAGAUAGCUUUUACAAACAGUUUAUUCAGCCAUUAGGAACAACCA